CUGACUGGAAGUGGCGUACGUGCAAAGCAGAGCCGGAGAGUGGCGGCGCAAGCCCCGCCCCCUCCAAAGGCCCGGGCAACGAUGAGAAGGGAGGAGGAGGAGAUAGGGCGAGUGGGGGGACGCGGGGAGAAGAGCUCGCGCCGGCAGCGGACGGGUCUCUCGCUUCUCCCUCUGCCUGAAGAGGUGGCAGAGGAGGAGGGAGGAAAAAAGAGCCGCUGAGUUGUAGGGGAGGACGCCUCUCUUCCCAUUUGCCAGAGGCUGCUAUGAGGCGUCGGUAGGAGGGCGCCUCUGAAGCGGCAGGCGAGAAGGCGGCGGGGUUUGGUGGCGCUCCUCCGCCCAACAGGAGGAGAGGAGGAGGCGGACGAAGCAGCAGAGCCGCGGCGCGGCUCUGACGGGCUAGGGGGCGGCCAUGAUGAAGUGAGCCACUCGCUGCUUUCCCGAGGCCGCGGAAAAAGAAAAAGAAAAACCAGGAGCGACCAAGGAGUGGGGCGCGAGAACAUGGCCAAUGACAGUGGUGGGAGUGGCGGCGGCGGGGGGGCCGGCCAAGGUGAGGGAUGCGACGGCGGCGGCGGGAGCAGCAGCAGCAGCGCCAGCCAAGAGCGGGACCGGCAGUACUGCGAGCUGUGCGGGAAGAUGGAGAACCUGCUCCGUUGCGGGCGCUGCCGCAGCUCUUUCUACUGUAGCAAAGAGCAUCAGCGUCAGGACUGGAAGAAGCACAAGCUCAUCUGUCGGGGAAGCGAAGGCGGCGGAGGCUCCCCGGCGGCAGAAGGGGGCGCUGCUGAGCCUCGUAAACCCGGCGGUGACCAGCCCUUUCACCAGAGCGCUCGUCGCGGCCGCCCGCAUGCUGCAGGACGGGACGGCGAGGAGAGGGCGGCGACGGCGGCUGUCUCCAAAAAAGCGACGGCGCUCCCGGCCAAGCCGCAGCGGGACACCAACUCGGAGGAGAACGUGGCGGUAACCAACAACCACGUUGCCAAAGUGGCGCCAGGAGCCCGAACACAGGAAGAGGAGGAUAAGGAAGCGGCGGUUGCUGCGGCAGGUCCGGCCGUGGAGGCGGGGCACUUCUACCGGGAUAAAUCCAAUUUGACUGGCGAAGCGUCUCUGCGCCCCAAUGGGCAGAUGAAAUCGCUGGUGCCUCAGCGUCUGGCUUUGGAGUACAUCGUGCCCUGCAUGAACAAGCAUGGCAUCUGCGUGGUGGAUGACUUUCUGGGCAAGGAGCUGGGCGGGCAGAUCGAGCAGGAGGUUCGGGCUUUGCACCAUACCGGACGCUUCACCGACGGGCAGCUGGUCAGUCAGAAGAGCGAUUCCUCCAGGGACAUUCGUGGCGAUAAAAUCACCUGGGUGGAAGGCAAAGAGCCUGGCUGCAAAACCAUCGGAAAGCUUAUGAACAGUAUGGACGAUCUUAUACGCCACUGCAAUGGCAAACUGGGUAACUACAAAAUCAACGGCAGGACGAAAGCAAUGGUAGCUUGUUACCCAGGCAAUGGAACAGGAUAUGUGCGACAUGUGGAUAAUCCAAAUGGAGAUGGAAGAUGUGUUACGUGUAUAUAUUACCUUAAUAAAGACUGGGAUGCCAAGGUAAAUGGAGGUAUUCUUCGAAUAUUCCCAGAAGGCAAAGCCCAGUUUGCUGAUAUUGAACCUAAAUUUGACAGACUGCUGUUCUUCUGGUCUGAUCGCCGCAAUCCUCAUGAAGUGCAGCCUGCAUUUGCUACAAGGUACGCAAUAACAGUGUGGUAUUUUGAUGCAGAUGAAAGAGCCCGUGCAAAAGUAAAAUACUUAACAGGUGAAAAAGGUGUGAGGGUUGAACUAAAUAAACCUUCAGAUUCAGAUGGGAAAGAACAAUUGUAAAAGCCUUUGGUCUACAGUUCCCUCCUCUACAUCCUGGAUCUUUUCACCUCACCUUCAUCAAACCUUGAUGAUAUCUAUUAACUUUUGAAUGUGAAUAUUAAGAAAAAGAAAAUCAGCACCAAAUCAAGAUUUUGAAUCGGUAAACAAUGGGUUUCAAUGUUACAUCAAAUGGCUUUUUAACUGCUGAAGCAUUGUACUCCAUGAUUGUGACUCCAAUCCCGUGACUGCUAAUGUAAAGAUUGACAGUUUACACAUGAAGUGCCCAACAUUUUGAGAUUUUUCUAUCAUUCAUCUUUUGACAUUCAGUCGUUCAUCUUCCUCUUUAAAAAAGUGAUAAAUGUUGGGUUUAAAUAAUUUUGUAUAACUAGGUUUGGUGAUCAAAAUUGAACAAAACAUUCUACAAAGUAGCAUUUCUCUAUUUUUGUAAAUCUACUAUUUUCCCCAUUAUUCUACCAUAUAAAACUUAAUUUAAAUAAAUGAAAUGCCAGUAAAUGAUUGUCUUUUUACCUAAAAUCCAAAAAGGAGCACUUUAAUCAUCAUCUGAGAACCCAUUUUUUUCAUAUCUUAUACUGAUUUGAUUGAUUGAUUGUAUUAUGUUCUCUCUGAAACUUAAGCAACAUGAAACGAUGCCUGUCUUUCUGUCAGUUACUUAUGGCUUUACUUACUGAAUCCGGAAAGUAACCAUUUUUUAAUCUGUCUCAUUUGGGUUUUCUAAGUGACUGGCUGGCCACUAAGUGAACUUGAUACUAUCUGUACUGUCAUAGUGUUGAACGCUAUGGGUGUACUCCACUGGGAACUUCAUCUGUGAACCCAUUUAAUGGAAAUGCAGUUCUUCAAAGAAAAGCUGGGCUCUUGUGCAACUUCUGCAGAUGAAUUACUAGGUGGAUUCUGUCCACAAAUAUCAUUCAAUACCUAAACUGUAAGGGCUUUUCUAGGCUUUUAGAUGAAGCAACACCCCUUCUACUACUUUGAUGGGAGAUCUGUCUUAACUCAUUUCAAAGCUUUCUCUCAUUUGUGUAAGUUAAAAUCAGAUACGUUUUCUCUCAAAGCAUUACCAUCCCUCAUCCUUUACUGUUUGCCCCUUGAUCUUCUUACAUAAUGUCAGGUGUAUAUUAAAUACAUUAAGACUGAAGUGCAUCACUGCAGGCUUAAUAUGUGAAGGAUUUCAUAUCAUGGAGAAAUUUUUACAAUGGUCUAAUGUUUGGGGGUCGGGGGAGAGUGAGGAACAAUAACAUUCAUUUAUCAGCUAUGUGAAAUUUAUUUUUCUGCUAAAAUGUGAUUCCCUGAAGGGGGAAGCUUUUAAAUUCUCCCAGCCUUACUGAUAGCAUCACCAAUCCCUUUUUGCCUCACUUAAUCAAAAUAAAGUAAGUGUACAGAAAUGUUUUUCUGUAUGCAACUUAACAUCUGUAUAGUUUAUAUUCUUAAAAGUCCUUUUCUAUGGAAAGCUCAGUAAUUUUUAUUAAAAAAACCUUACUAUUCAUGUAAAACAUGAAAAACAACAAGGAUUGUGCUUAAUGACCAUUGACAGAAGGGAGAAAAUUCAACAUUAAAAUAACAUGCUGGGGAAAGUUACAAAAAAAACUUUGGGUUUUGUUCCCUUCUGUUCCCUUCUCCCAAAAUUACUUACUAGCUGUCAAAACUUGUAAUAGUUUGACUUUUCUCUUCAUCCUGGUAAAUCAGAAGAAAACACAUCUUACUCUUAAGUGCCUCUGGAAGCCUGGCCAAGGAGUGUUAAUUCUUUACCGACUGAUCUGCAGCACAAUGCACAGUUUAGGC